UUAGUCUCAUUACUUGAUAAUGAGAGUGAUCUGUCUGCCUGACUCUGACCCACAAAAUUCAUAAAAUAUUUUGAAGCUAUUCUCUGUUUUGUCAAUUAUCUGACAAUGUCGUGAUAUAUUAUCACAAUAAACAUUAUCGGAAGUUUCCGUUGUAUAUAGAAGCAACCGAUAAUGUCGGACUACGAUCUGCAAUACCAGGCGGACUUAGAAAAGGCGCAGGCUCUGAGUUUAGAAAGUCUUGCUUUGGAACAAUUUCGUAGACAGAAGCAGCUAUCGAGCUCAGAUAAUGGGCGGGGCUCUGGCAGUGUCCGGCGACGCGACGAGACUGACGGGCCGCCGCCAGCGCUCCCGCCGCCGCCGAGGAAGCCCCCACGAGGAAGAACUUCCACUUCGGAGAACCCCAGGUCAACCGGUGUGAGUCCAACUCGGGACGAGAGCAGCGACUUAAUAUCAUUCUCCAGCCCGACCAGCAAGUCCGCGCCGAAGGAUGCGCACGCGUCGCUCAAGGAGUACAUCGAACAGAUUGGCAAAUUGAGCCAACAAACCGAGGACAUCACUUUGAACUCGCCAGACCAAUCGCCCGUCAUAAUGAACAAUCAAAACUACAACCAAAGGCCGGGGUACCAGUACCCAUAUGGGUACAACUUUCCACCACCACAUUACCCUAUGGCACCAUACCCUACUACUCCCUACGGCAUGCCUAUGCCGUCUACCAUGCCGAACUAUUCCUAUUACCACCCACCUAUGGCUAUCGAACCGCAGUCACCAUACCCCCCUGCAAACCCAGUAAUCUAUGCGCCUGGUUAUAGUCCUUAUAGUCAAACGCGAAUGGCUGCCCCAGCACCAUAUGUAGGAUACCCCCCUUCCACCCCCCAAACCCCAACAUACAGCUACAACACAACAAACAUGGUCACAAGACCGAUCAGGCCGAAUCUCUACCCGCCGUUGCCUGAACAGAAUCACUACCCAACAUUACCCACUGUCACUACUAAUCGACCUAUAAACACGCCAGUUAAUAUACCACCAGCGUUGAAGAACGAACCUUCUAGAGACAGCGUUGAGAGUAAUUCGUCGUGGAAAUCUGCGGAUUCAAACGAAGCCGCGGACACGCUGGCAGGCCUGCCCAAGUCGACGAAUCUGAUAGACUUUGGCAAGAACACCAACGGCGCAGGUAGCGUAAGAGUCAGUGUGCUUGAGGCGUUUGACCCUCUACUAACUGAGCAAAACAUCGCUGAAUAUGCAGGCACGAGCGAGUGUUCAGGCAGUGUGUAUGAGGAGUACGACCCUCUGGACUUCUUGUACGGUGAGACAGAGAUGCGCGAGUCUGUAUACGCGACCGUUAGUAAGAAAGAGAAGACAAUGUUGCCGUCACCUCCGCCUAAGUCGAUACCGACGAUGCCCGCUGUUCCUAAAAGACCAACUACGAAUAAACUUUAUGACUGCAUAACAAAAUCUAGGACAAGAUCCUACGACAGUGAGCACAAAGCAUUUUUGAACAUGGUGCUUGAUGUUCGAAAAAAGUUCGUGCACACUGAAUCAUCCAAUCCCGGGCACGUGGUGGCGGCGCGUACGGGCGGCCGCUACCCGCCCAACACCAGCAUCAAGGUGCUGGUGCACCAUCGGCACAACGACGAGCCCAUCACCUUCACGUCUGACGUGGAAUCGACUGUAGAACAUGUGAUAUUAACGGUAGUUUGUUCCCUAGAAGAGGAUAUAAGAGAGGACAUGUCUGGUUAUAUGUUACGGGUAUGGGGUGCGAAGGAGUACCUAACAGCUGGGAGUUCGCUAAGCGAGUAUGAGUACGUGCGCGAAUGCGUACGCCUGGAGAAGGACGUGAGGCUGUGUUUACACGACGGGGCUGACAGGACCUUGGCACGGAACGCUAGGGAUGACGCGAGGGCUCAGCAUUUGACGUUAGAUGACUUGAUUCCGACGCAAGGAACUACGCCUAUGCUGUCUUUCGAUAACCUCUCAAUUUUGUUGGAAACGCUAGAAGGCGAGCUAUCUCGCGCCGUAGGAGUGGUGGGGGGCGAGGGCACGUGUUCCCCGAGCGCCGUGUUCCAGGCGGUGAAGGCGAUCUGUGCGCUGGCGGGCGGCGUCGAGACUCUGCACGUCACGCAUGCGCUCAACGCAUUCGCUAGCGCAUGCGCCGGGAAGGCCAACAACAACGUGGUGACGCCGGAAAUCCAAACGGAACAAGGCGCCUACUGCGCGGUAUCUCUUCGCGCAGCAACCGGCAGAGAAACAGUCGCCUUACACUGUGGAAGAGUUCGCGACGCCGUCAGAGCAUUGAUAGCUUUGUAUUCUAGAACUAAGCUGCUGGAUUUCACUUUAGCUGAUUCCUUUCUGGGCACACCUUCAAAUCCCGACAAUGCGGCACCGUCCCACACAAUACCAGAAUCAUCUCUAUUUUGCAUCGAAGCUGUGCACUGCUUGCCGCUGUGCUGGGCGCACGACGAAUAUCAGUUCCACGCGCAAAUAUAUCACGGCACGCGCGCGCUGAAGAUGGCCAGAUAUACCCAACCUUCCAAAAUAGAGUGUGCUGGUUUCUAUCCGAGAAUUAUCUUUGACGCAUGGUUAAGCUUAGAAGACCUGCCAGUCAACACUUUGCCACGCGAAUCUCGCCUCGUGCUCACUCUGUACGGCCGCACACAACGCGACCUGGACAGCCAGCAUCAGAACAACGAGAAUAGUCAGCAAAACAGUCAGGACGAGGACAAUGUUGACGUCCAAUAUGAACAAGUAGAACUUGGGUGGACGGCUAUACAACUGUUUGAUUAUGACGGAAUGCUAUCGUCGGGCAACUACGUGCUGCCGCUGUGGCCGCCGUGCUGCGAUCGCCGCAUCGGCCCCGCCCCCAACAGGACGCACGAGCCGCCCGCGCCAUACCCAGUCGUCAAUAUUGAAAUUCCCCUGUACGACCACAACGGUGUGAAGUGGACGAGUGGCGACGAAGGCAAGGAGAAGACGUUGUCAUCAGACGACCUCCCCAAGUUCGAUUCCCUGGAUGGUCACACGCAAUCUCAACUGUUGCAUCUCAUUGAACAGGGAGCUUAUAACAGAAUGCCCACCGAGUGCAGAGAGAUAAUGUGGGAGAAGCGUCAAUACCUCGUGGAACUGGCUGGGGCGCUACCACUGGUCCUGCUAGCCGCCACUGCGUGGUACGGGGAACAGCGGUCGCAACUGCUUGCGUUGUUGAAGCUCUGGCGGAAACCCGCGCCGAGGAACGCUAUGCAUCUCCUUCUUCCUUGUUUCCCGGACGCCAAAGUACGCGAAGCCGCAGCGGAUCUGCUAAGUGCAUUGUCGGAUGAUGACUUGUGCUGUGUUUUACCUCAACUGGUGCAGGGACUGCGUUUCGAGACUUACGAGUGCAGUCCACUUGCUGAAUUGUUGUUAUCUCGUGCUCUGUCGGCUCCUGCGGUCGCGCAUAAAUUAUUCUGGCUGUUAGUUCACAAUCUGCCCAGUGUGCCGCAGGGAGCAAACGACGAAUUUCUCGGCAUUACACUAGAAGAUGGUCCGUGCGAGCCUCAAGACACAGACGCUUGUGUCACAGCGGCGUGGAGAUAUAGACUGCUGUUACGGGCAUUAUUGGCGUUAUGUGGGGAUAACCUACACAGCACUUUGAUAAGGCAACAGUUACUUGUCAACACGCUAAGCGAAGUGGCGCUGUCGGUGAAGAAAGCCAAAGAUGUGCAAAGAAUGUCCGCUUUACGUGGGGGCGCCACUCGCGUGUCCUCGCUGUUACGCGAGGAGUCCGCUGCGUUACCUUUAGCUCUGAGGGCGCACGUACACGAUGUUGAUGUCAAAUCUUGCACAUACUUCUCAUCAAACACGCUGCCUUUGAAGAUCAACUUUAUCGGCAGUGACGAUGCUGUGAUUCCCGCUAUGUUUAAGGUUGGUGAUGAUCUUCGUCAAGAUUCCCUGGUGCUACAAGUGAUCAAAGUAAUGGACGAUUUGUGGCUGAAAGCUGGUUUAGAUUUACGAAUGGUCACUUUCCAAGCGCUACCCACAAGCAAAAACAAAGGAAUGAUAGAAAUAGUAACGGAAGCGGAGACGCUGCGCGCCAUCCAGACGGAGUGGGGCCUCACCGGCUCCUUCAAGGACAAGCCCAUAGCCGAGUGGCUCGCCAAGCACAACCCUUCCGAGUUGGAGUAUCAGCGGGCCAGGGACAAUUUUACAGCCUCGUGUGCGGGGUACAGCGUGGCCACAUAUCUGCUGGGCAUCUGCGAUCGCCACAACGACAAUAUUAUGCUGAAGACCUCUGGCCAUCUCUUCCAUAUUGACUUCGGCAAGUUCCUGGGCGACGCGCAGAUGUUUGGCAAUUUUAAAAGAGACCGUGCCCCGUUCGUUCUGACUCACGAUAUGGUGUACGUGAUCAACGGACGAGAGCGACCCACACAGAGGUUCCAACACUUCGUGGAGUUGUGCUGCAUGGCCUUCAACAUCGUGCGCGCGCACCACGACCACAUACUGGAUCUGUUUGCUUUGAUGGCGACGUCAGGCGUGUCGGGAGUGACGAGCGCGGCGGUGAACUACGUGCGCGCGGCGCUGCUGCCCGCCGCCUCCAACGCGGAGGCGGCCGCCGCCUUCGCCAGGCUCAUACACUCCUCGCUCAAGAGCAAGUUUACUCCAAUCAACUUUUUCCUGCACAACCUAGCACAGAUGAUGGCUAGCGGCGACCAGAGCAGUAAUUCAUCGGAACUGCUAUCUUUCAUGCCUAGAACUUACACAAUGGGUCAAGAAGGCCGCCUUGUCAGCGUGGAAUGCCUCGGUUUCGAGAAGCGUUACGACCCUGAAAAGCACUACGUAUACACAUUGAGGAUUUAUAGACAAGGACAGACUACACCGUCGGUGCUGUACCGCUCUUACAAACAUUUCACCGAGCUCUACCAGAAGAUCUGUCUGCUGUUCCCACUGGCGAAGGUUCACAGUUUACCAUCUGGUCUGCACGUAGGCCGGUCGAACAUCCAACAAGUCGCCCAACGUCGUUUUGGUGAUGUCCAAGCUUUCCUCACAUCUCUGUUCAGCUUAGCAGACGAGAUCGCGCAUUCAGACCUGGUCUAUACGUUCUUCCAUCCUUUGCUGAGGGACCAGCAAGAUGUGGAGCCACAGAGGAUGAAAAACAGAGAAUCAACAGAAGUGGAGAACAACGGGUCAGGAUCCCUGAAAUUGUCCAUUCAAUACGCAGGCGGUGUCCUUUCUGUUCUCAUUCUACACGCGCAAUCGCUGGCUAGCACACCGCAAGGAUUACCACCUAACCCUUAUGUCAAGGUAUACCUAGUACCAGACCCAACGAAAGAAACAAAACGCAAAACGCGCGUUCUAAAGCGCAACUCUCACCCUUCAUUCAUGGAGAUGCUCGAAUAUCGUCUACCGAUCGAGGUGGUGCAAAACAGAAGUCUCCAAGCCACAGUGUGGCACUAUGACUCCUUACAAGAAAACCAGUUCCUGGGCGGAGUGGUAAUACCACUAAAUUCCAUUCCACUCAGAGAAGAAACUCUCGCGUGGUACCCGCUGGAGUAUAUACCUCGGUAGCUAUUGCUUGCUCGCUCCGCUAUGUGGAGCACGGAUUUCUAUUGAUCCAGAAUUGAAUGUAGCAAUGGGGGUUUAAGAAAAUGCCCCGCAAGAUGUCAGCACUGACUUCAAUUUUCAUUGGACAACGAAUGGCAAAGGUCAAUUGAUCAAACUAAUUUAUGUUGACAAGUUUUUUCGUACGAUGAGUUGACUCGUACAAAUCUGCUGUCUCGCUUACGCAUUAUUAAUUUAAGUAUGAAAGUGAUAUCUAAUUUGUUUUUUAUUUAAAUCUAACCCGCAUUUGAUGAAAUUUGUUUUUCUUUUCUCUAUGUUUUCAGUUGUAAUUAACUUUCGCUAAAAAAAUAAUUCCAAAUGAAAUGGUCAAUUACAAUUUUUUGUAUUAAUAAAUUUGGUAUCUCCGUGCCUAACGUCAUUUUACAGGUACAAUGUACAUAUCAAUUAAUGUUUACUAAUUACUGACAUAAUUUUGGCGACAUAUUACAAAUUUAUUGUUAUAAAUCAGAUCGCUCAUUGGUUAAAAAAUAUUGACUUAUAAAGUUAAACAAGGUGCCAAAUAAUGUUGUGUUGUGUUUUGCGAAUAGAAUAAACCGCCACAUAUCACUUUCUACGAUAUGUAUGCAGCAGCGUAUAAAAAGUACCUAUUUAAAAAUGUAUACUUUAUAAUCGGUUUUUACAUUCCAUUCCAAAUUAAUAGAAUUCCUAGUUUUGUAUUACUUAUUGAGCUUGAAACAUAAUUUUUAUGGUGCUUUUCACAUUUGCUUAAAGUAUUAUAUUGAUAAUAAAAACUAUAUUUAAUGUUGUGUCAAGGUGUUGAUUGUGAGCCAAUGUUAUAUCGUAAUUUUCGGAAUUUUAGAAAAGAAGAAAAUUAUUAUGUUUACUUAUUUUAAUGCAAUCUUUAAAUUUUGAAAUUGUAUGUAACAAUAAUCUUGCAUGAUGUUACUGAGCCUGUCUGUCAUAAUUAUUAUGAAAUUGUAAUUAGAUCACAAUUUGGAGAAAUACUUCCCUUGCAAAUUAUUAGUCAUCGGCAGCUUUAUGUGAAAACAUUUAUCCCGCUUUAUGUAGUUUCGUAUGUGACAUGUUCAAUGUAUUUCAGAAUAUAUGCAGAUUUUUUUUUAGAUCUGAAGAGCUACUUAAUUUUACAUGCCUGUUUAUUGCACAGAAAAAGUAUAGUUAUAAUAUAAAUAAUAAUGAUUACAUGUCGUGAGAAACCCCAUUACAUUGCACGCAUCAUUAUGUAAUAAAUGGGAACAAUAUUUUCCAUCCAUCUGUCAAUGAACACCUUCAUUUUGUUGUUUUCAAUCGAAAUGAUUGUCCAUUUAAAAUUUUUGUCAAAUAGUGUAUUCAUUUAUUCAAAAUUAAUGUAAUUUGCGUAAAUAGAUUUUUGAACUAUUUAUUAUAAUAACUAUUAUAUUUAAAUGUACUAAUUAUAUUUAUUUAGUACUCGUAGGUAAUCGUAAUUGUAUAUAUUUAUGAUAAUAACGAUUUCGAACUAUAUACUAUGUACAUAUGCGUUUGAAUGGCUUCCAGUUGUUGCUCAAAUAUAUUAAUGGGCAAUGUUUAGUUCAUUCAAGAGCUUAUAAUAAUUCUCGACUGAACUUCAUUAAUAUUAAUCAAUUGUAUAUACUAUGUUAGACAAUUUUUAUACGAAUAUUAAACUCUGAUGUCGACAUGACAGAAUAGUAGUAAAAGCUUUUGUUUUGCAUAUUGUAAUGAAAUUUAAAAUAAAUUUCUCUGCAUAUA